CGGAAGUGCAACUCGAACUUGGUUGGGGCGCGGAUCUCGAGAGAAAAAGUCGGAGCCCGGCGCGAGGGAGUUCGCCCAGAGAGCUGGAAGGCCACGCCUCCUCCUGCCUACCCACUCAGCCUUGCAACUGGGGACAGAGCUCAGAUUUGCUGUCUAGGAUCGAUUUGAAUGAACUCAUGAAAAAGGACGAACCACCUUUUGAUUUUCCAGAUACACUGGAAGGCUUUGAAUAUGCUUUUAAUGAAAAGGGGCAGUUAAGACACAUAAAAACUGGAGAACCAUUUGUUUUUAACUACCGAGAAGACUUACACAGGUGGAACCAGAAAAGAUAUGAAGCUCUGGGUGAGAUCAUCACAAGAUAUGUUUAUGAGCUCCUGGAAAAUGACUGUAACUUGAAAAAAAUCUCUAUUCCAGUAGAUGCCACUGAAAGUGAACCAAAGAGUUUUAUCUUUAUGAGUGAGGAUGCUUUGACAAAUCCACAGAAACUGAUGGUUUUAAUUCAUGGUAGUGGUGUUGUCAGGGCAGGUCAGUGGGCUAGAAGGCUUAUUAUUAAUGAAGAUCUGGACAGUGGCACACAGAUACCUUUUAUUAAGAGAGCUGUGGAUGAAGGUUAUGGAGUCAUAGUCCUCAACCCAAAUGAAAACUAUAUAGAAGUGGAAAAGCAGAAAAUGCAUAAGCAGUCAUCUUCUGAUGGCACAGAUGAGCCAGCAGGGAAGCGGGAAAGGAAAGAUAAGGUCUCCAAGGAAACAAGGAAGCGCCGCGAUUUCUACGAGAAGUACCGUAACCCCCAAAAGGAGAAAGAAAUGAUGCAGUUGUUUAUCAGGGUGAGAAAGAGGAAAAGUCUCUUUUGUUUUCUACUCAUGGAGUUCUUAGAUGAAGAAACUCCAACCUCAGUGCCCAGGACUGCCUGGGAAGCCGUCAUAAGUAUUAAAGAUAAAGUGCCUAGGACUGUUCGCAUAAGGAUGAAGGAAGAUGUACAAGCACACAACAGCCAUCAGCUGAUAGUGAAAACCUGCUGCAAAGACACUACUUAA